CCCUUUGUGAUCAUACCACCUAGGGCACCCAUCAACCCUGGAAAGUGUCCUUGUCUCUCAGGUGCACUUAUACUGCUCUGAUCUAUGCAGAGUUCCUACGAGGAUCAGAGGCAUAAUGAAUAUCAUUGUGAUUUACAAGGACCUGGUCACGCCCUGAUCGAGCAGUGGAAUCCUGUAGGCCUGGUUGGAAUCAUCACGGCAUUCAAUUUCCCUGUGGCAGUGUAUGGCUGGAACAACGCCAUCGCCUUGAUCAGUGGAAAUGUCUGCCUCUGGAACGAAACUCCAACAACUUCCCUGAUUAGUGUGGCUGUCAUAAAGAUAAUAGCCAAGGUUUUGGAGGACAACAGGCUGCCUGGGGCAAUUUGUUCCUUGACUUGUGGUGGAGCAGAUAUUGGCACAGCAAUGGCCAAAGAUGAACGAGUGAACCUGCUGUCCUUCACUGGGAGCACUCCGGUGGGAAAACAGGUGGCCCUGAUGGUGCAGGAGAGGUUUGGGAGAAGUUUGUUGGAAGUUGGAGGAAAUAAUGCUAUUAUUGCCUUCGAAGAUGCAGACCUCAACUUAGUUGUUCCAUCAGCUCUCUUCGCUGCUGUGGGAACAGCUGGCCAGAGGUGUACCACUGCGAGGCGACUGUUUGUGCAUGAAAGCAUCCAUGAUGAGGGAAACAGACUUAAAAAGGCCUGUACACAGAUCCGAGUUGGGAACCCGUGGGACUAUGACCUUCCUUUUCUCUCUCCAGCUAAUGUUCUCUAUGGGCCACCCCACACUAAACAGGCAGUGAGCAUGUUUCUUGGAGCAGUGGAAGAAGCAAAGAAAGAAAGUGGCACAGAGGUCUAUGGGGGCAAGGUUAUGGAUCGCCCUGGAAAUUAUGUAGAACCGACAAUGGUGACGGGUCUUGGCCACGAUGCAUCCAUUGCACACACAGAGACUUUUGCUCCGAUUCUCUAUGUCUUUAAAUUCAAGAAUGAAGAAGAGGUCUUUGCAUGGAAUAAUGAAGUAAAACAGGGACUUUCAAGUAGCAUCUUUACCAAAGAUCUGGGCAGAAUCUUCCGCUGGCUCGGACCUAAAGGAUCAGACUGUGGCAUUGUAAAUGUCAACAUUCCAACAAGUGGGGCUGAGAUUGGAGGUGCCUUUGUACUAUCAACUACAGUAAGGACCUUCCUUUGGCCCAAGGAAUCAAGUUUCAGUAAAGAUGUUUUCGAUGAACAUUGCUUAAUUUGAGGUGUUCUGGCAGCUGUUUUUGAAGAAGACAAAGAAAAUUAAAAUUUUCCCUGAAUAAGUGCAUCAUUAUGACUGUGACAUUGACUAAUCCUCCAUGACUGCAAAGUCCUGAUUAAAUCAAGAGACUCAUUUUUAAGAAAUCAAAAUAAAAUUGUUACAACAUAGCCAUAUUUACUAAAAGAUGGGUUGGAUGGAUUUUUAUUACAUUUUCUUUAAAGUUAAUGAUUAUUUUGUAAUUAGAAAAUAUAGUACAUAUCAGAGUAGGAAUUUGGGAAAAUACAGACCAGAGGAGAAAACAGAAGACUUUGUGGGAGAUACAAGUGUCUCCUGAGCAAGCAGAGGGUCCGGGGGGUAAGUAUUGCUUGACAUUACCCACCUGUGGCAAGUAUUGGAUGUCGUGUGAAUGAAAGGGAGAUGCGUUCCCUUAUAUGCUUGAGAUAUAGUUCAGUAUUCAUGUGGAAUAAGUUGCAGAGCUUCAAGUGACAACAGGCAUUCAUCACAGUCAUGGCUUUUGCUCAUGAAGACUGUGUCAACUUGGAAGAGAUUAGUGGGGUAGAGAUUUUGUUCCUGUGUGGAAGUCUGCCACCUACUGGAGGAGUCUUGAGGCCAAAACUGCCUGUGCAGAAUUAUACGUGUAUCUGGAGGCUGGGUGCAGUGGCUCAUGCUUAUAAUCUCAGCACUUUGAGAGGCUGAAGCGGGUGGAUCACUAGAGGCUAGGAGUUUGAGACCAGCUUGGCUGAUAUGGUGAAACCCUGUCUCUACCAAAAAAUACAAAAAUUAGCCAGGUGUGGUGGAACGUGCCUGUAAUCCCAGCUACUCAGGAGGGUGCAGCAGGAGAAUUGCCAGGAGGCCGAGGUUUCAGAUUGCACCACUGCAUUCCAGCCUGGUCAAUAUCAAGAUCCUGUCUCAAAAAAAAAAAAAAAGGGAAUCUGGAUUUUUUUUAUAGAACCCUAGACAAUUUUCUUUAGCUACUAGGCUUCUCCAGUUGCCCUUGGAUCUGUUCUCAAUCCACAAUCCUCAGUGUGUGUGGCAGCAAGUCGUCAUAGAGAGCUGGGCGAGUUCCCUCCUUGCUGACAGUCUCACUUCUUCUCAAUGGGAUGCUGCACAGGAGCCUUUGGGCUGGUUCAGUCCAGAGGCCCCUAUUCUCCUAUCUUCCUGGCACUCUCUGCUCCCCUUUUGCCUGGCAUCCGUAUACUCCUGCCAGGUUGGACUUGGGCGGAGGCCUUUGAAGAAGACAUUUGUAGACAACCUGAUCCAUCAGGAUGUGGAGAGUUUUGGACAAAUGGCAAAAAAUUUGGAGUUGAAUUAUGGCCCAGAGAAGUUAGCAAAUGAAAAACUAAACAAUUGUAAAUGUAUCAGGGAAGCAAAGGCAUUCGUAAUAUGUCCCACGGCCAGCUGCAAGCAGCGUUUAACUAGAUAUGCUGUUGUCAAUCGUGAAUAUGAAUCAAGCCAAAUACUAGUGAUACAGCUAUUGAGAGAAGGUUGGCAAUAAGAAAUCAUGAUUGAGGGUAGGUGGGAGUGCUAAUCUUAGCUACAGAUUUCAGGUAAAACUGAUUCUGAAAGCUUUCUUUGAAACAAAUUUAUAAUUUUUCUUGUAUAUGUUGCCCAAGUACUCAAUAUUUUUGGUUCAUUAAAACAUACAUCUUCAGUUUG